AUGUCAUUAUUUGUCUUAGAGAAGCCCAGAUUACUAUCCAACUCUUCAUUCUCUUUCGAUUUUACUUCCUCUUUCCUCCAUUUUUGUCGCCUUCGUUUUUAUUCAUUUUACUUUCUAGUUACCCUAUUUUCCCAUAUCUAUAAGUUUCCUUUCGCAUUUUAUCUCAACACCAUUUCUUCCUUUUCCUCUUUUAUUUAUCUAUUUGUCCAAUUCUCUUCAAUUGUCUCCUUAGGCUUUCUUCCUUCAACAUUUCUCUUUGAGUUCAUCUGUGUGACGCUUUUCUUACAAUUAUUCUUUCUUUCUUUCUUUCUUUCUUUCUUUCUUUCUUCCUUCCUUCUCACUAACUGCCGUUCUUUCUUUAAAUAUUCUAUGUCUCUUCCAGUGACGUUCGCUUCAUUUCGCCUUCUUUCAUAUAUGCCCACAAUAUUUAUGCAUUCUUGCAGUCUUUCUUUCUUUCUUUCAUUCUUUCUUUCAUUCAUUCAUUCAUUUAUCUCUCUCCUCUUCUCUAGCUAUCAUUUCAUUUUUUGUUUCUUUAUCAUUUUCUUUUUAUCUCUUUCUUUCUCUUUCAUUUAUUUACUGUGCUCACAUUCCUUACUCAUUCUUCCCCACCUCUCUCUCUCUCUUUCUUACCGCUCAGAGUUCUUGCCAUUUUCAUUUACCCUCCACCUGUCAUCACUUUUCCUACCACUCACAUUAUUCUUUAAUCUUCGUCUUUUCUCUUUCCUCAUUAUCUCUCUUUUAAUCAUAAUAACUCGUUCAUCUUCAAAAUUCUCCAUCACUUUUUCGUUUUCCUUCCUAUAG